AUGAUGGGGAAGGUUCCCUCAUUCUCCCCCAGCUCCACAGUGAGCUCCGCUCUGCCCGGCUACGUCGCUCUCUGCCUCACUCUACAGGUUCACAGGCUGGUGUCAGCACAAUUCACAGUGACUGGACCUGACGAUCCAGUCAUUGCCUCCCUAGGUGGGGAGGCCGUCCUGUCCUGCCACCUCUCUCCCAGGAUGAGCGCUGAGAACAUGGAAGUCAGAUGGUUCCGAUCCAAGUACUUUGAAGUCGUGCACCUGUACCGUGAUGGGCAGGAUCAGUACGGAGAGCACAUGCUGGAAUAUCAAGGAAGAACUGAGCUCUUGAAAGACGACAUCACCAAUGGGAGAGUUUCCCUGAGAAUACGCGAUAUCCGACCCUCCGACAAUGGGCAAUACACGUGUUAUUUUGAGUCCAGUGUCUCUUAUGAAGAAGCAUUUAUGGAACUGCAGGUGGCAGAGCCAUUUUUCCCGAGGGUCAGUCCCUGGAUGGUGGCUCUGGGGGUGAUCCUGGUUCUCCUGGCUGUUCUCAUGGCCCUGGCCGGUUACUGCUUCUGGAGGCGACACAGAGCAACAGAGAUUCUGCAAUCUGAGAUGGAGAGCGAGAAAGAGACCCUGCUGUCUGAACGGGAGCAAGAGAAAGGGGAAUACGAGGCAGUGAAAGAACUGGGACUCGCCAGAGCCCGAGGAUACGCAGUGGACGUGACUCUGGAUCCAGAUACGGCUCAUCCCAACCUCGUCCUGUCUGAGGAUCGGAAACAUGUGAGCCACGGAGCCUGGGAUCUGUCCAACAAGUCUGAGGGAUUUGAGCAUGAUAUCUGGGUCCUAGGCGCUGAGGGAUUCACGGGCGGGAGGCGUUACUGGGAGGUGGAGGUGGAAGGCAAGAUAGGCUGGUACCUGGGGGUUUGUAGGGAAUCUGUGAGCAGGAAGGGGAAGGUCACACUCACACCUGAGGAUGGAUACUGGGUUGUGUGGCUGAAGGGUGAGGUAUACCAGGCCCUCACCUCCCCCUCGACCUCCCUCCCCGUGAGCAUCAGGCCCAGCCGGGUGGGGAUUUUCCUGGACUAUGAGGCAGGCGAGGUCUCAUUUUACAAUGUGACUGACAGGUCCCGUCUCUUCACUUUCACUGACACCUUCUCUGGGACGCUCCGCCCUUAUUUCAGUCCUGGUUACUAUGUUUGGGGUACAAACGCGGAUCCCCUGAAAAUCCGCCCGGUCCCAGCUCAGGCCGGAGGGAAUCUCUCUCCCUGA